AUGACCCUUCUUGAAGGGGAAGCGGCUCUUGCCUUGGCUGGUGAAAAACACAAAGAAGGAGCCAAGAUUGAGAACAAUGAUCAUAUUAACUUGUGGGUGGAGGGGCAGGAUAGUUCUGUGGUGCAGUUUAAGAAUAACAGGAAUAUACCACUUAGUAAACUAAGGAGAGCCCACUGUGAACAACAGGAUACAUCUGUACAGUUGGAAAUGGAGGAAGAAGAUACAGUUGAUGUGUUCCAGCUGCAGUCCAGAGGUGUCUACUAA